UGUUUAGUUUUCUCCAACCUGAGGAUCUGACUGAUGUGCCGCUGCGCUAGCAAACCCAUCGGGGCCGGUUUCUCGUCCUCUUUUUGAGAGCAACAGCGGGGGCUUUUUUGUGUUUCAUUCUCUUUCCUUCCUCAGCGGGGAAUACGAGGAAACAGCGUACUGCUGUCAGCGAAGGCCACGUUUAAAGGCGUUCAUAUUAUUAUUUUUUUGUUUUGCUGCCGGGGGGAAUAGACCAGUGGGGAUCAACAACAGUUCAAAGUACUUGCUCAAUCCGUCUCCCCCCACCCCUCCUCCCACUCCCGACCCCCACCUCCCAGUAGGCAAGAAAAAAAGCGCUUUCCAGUUCUCCCAUCACACCACAUCCAUGUUGACUGCGGCAGCCUUUUUACCGGGUCCAGGUCCGACUACAACGCCGCGACACCGUCGUUCUCCCGCGGCGAAGAUCCGGCUAAAUUUGUGAAGCGGGACCGUCGCGCGUCGCCACAUAACACCCCCCCCACCCCGGUGUCCGGUUCUGGAGGUCUGUUUACGCGUUAAAAUGGCUGCUGAGAUGGCAUUCGGACGGGAGAGAGGGUCCGGAUUCAACGACAGUAACGUGUCGUUACUCCGCCGAGGCCAAACGGCCAAUUAGCUACGCAUGCUAAGACGGUACGUGCUAAGCUAGUCGCGAGUUAGCCCGCUCAGUUAGCUCAAUUUAAUGCUCGCCUCGAGGGCUAACCGUUUGCGUUUUCCUAGCACACAAGCGCAGCUUAGCCGGGAUGCAGAUAUGCGCGAUAUUCCGCUAAAUAUGCGGGACUUCUAAGGGAAACAGCGUGAGUAACCGACACCCUCCUCCCCCCUCAAAACAAAAAAAAAGCAGACGUAACGGGCCCCGCUCUUUGGUCGAACCCUGGCCAUUAAAAUGCAUCCGGGGACGGAACUGUUCAUUGUCGGAGCCAGACCCGCCGCCCGCGGCGACCUGGGGGGCAUCAACAGAUACCUGGUGGCCUACGUCCUGCUCUUCUACUUCGUGCUGGUCACCCACGCGACCCCGCAGAAGCCCUGCGACAAGAACUGCCUCUCUGGGAAAUGUGUCAACGGGUCCUGCGUGUGCGAUCGAGGAUGGGUCGGGGACCAGUGCCAGCACUGCCAGGGGAGGUUCAAGUUGACGGAGCCCUCGGGAUACCUCACCGAUGGUCCAAUCAACUACAAGUUCAAAACAAAGUGCACCUGGCUCAUCGAGGGCUAUCCAAAUGCGGUUCUUCGGUUGAGAUUUAACCACUUUGCCACAGAAUGUGGUUGGGACCACAUGUACGUCUAUGACGGAGACUCGAUAUAUGCCCCCCUGGUUGCCGUGUUCAGCGGCCUCAUCGUGCCUGAGAUCAGAGGAAACGAGACGGUUCCUGAGGUUGAGACCACUUCGGGCUACGCGCUGCUACAUUUCUUCAGCGACGCGGCCUACAACUUGACCGGCUUUGAAAUAUUUUACUCGGUCAACUCUUGCCCCAACAACUGCUCCGGCCACGGGAAGUGCACCCCCGGCAACUCUGCCGCCAGCCGAGUGUACUGUGAAUGCGACAAGUACUGGAAAGGCGAGGCCUGCGACAUCCCGUACUGCAGGAACAACUGCGGCAGCCCCGACCACGGCUACUGCGACCUGACCGGAGAGAAGCUGUGUGUCUGCAACGACAGCUGGCAAGGGCCGGACUGCUCGCUGACGGUGCCUUCGACCGAGUCCUUCUGGGUGAUACCAAACGUCAAGCCCUUCGGCACGUCGCUCGCCAGGGCUUCCCAGAAGGCCGUGGUGCAUGAAAAGGUCAUGUGGGUGGUGGGUGGAUACACCUUCAACUACAGCUCCUUCCAGAUGAUUCUAAACUACAACCUGGAGAGCGGCAUCUGGAACACGGUUCCCAUCAACAGUGGCCCUCUGCCAAGAUACGGCCACUCACUUGCUGCCUACCAGGAUGACAUCUAUAUGUUUGGUGGGAAACUGGAGGCCGGCUGGGGCAACGUGACGGACGAGCUGUGGGCGUUCAACGUACCCAGUCGCACGUGGCAGCGGAGAAACCCCGCGGUUGGCCCGCCGGCCCAGGCUCAGAUCUUCGCCGUGGAGGGUCACUCGGCCCACUGUGUUCUGCUGGAGGAUGGCGAGGCCCUUAUGCUGGUCAUCUUUGGCUACUCGCCCAUCUACAGCCAUAUCAGCAACGUUCAGGAGUACAACCUGAGGUCCAACACGUGGCUGGUGGCGGAGACGAAAGGCGCCGUUCCCCAGGGAGGUUACGGCCACAGCAGCACGUACGACGGCGCCAGCGGCAGCGUGUUUGUUCACGGGGGCUACAAGGCGCUGCCCGCCAAAAAAUACGGCCUCGUCGACGACCUCUACCGCUACGACGUCAACACCCGGACGUGGUUCAUCCUGAGGGAGAGCGGCUUCCCGCGGUACUUGCACUCGGCCGCGCUGCUCAGCGGCACGCUGCUCGUCUUUGGCGGGAACACGCACAACGACUCGUCCCUCAGCAACGGCGCCAAGUGUUUCUCCGCCGACUUCCUCGCCUACGACAUCGCUUGUGAUGAGUGGCGGCUCCUGCCUAAACCCGACCUGCACAGGGACGUCAACCGCUAUGGUCACUCUGCUGUGGUCAGCAACGGGUCCAUGUAUGUGUUCGGGGGCUUCUCCGGCGUGCUGCUCAACGACGUGCUCGUUUACCGACCCCCCAGCUGUCGGGCCUUCUCGGCGGAGGAAGCGUGUGUGAACGCCGGGCCGGGGGUCCGCUGCAUCUGGAGUGGAGGCCGCUGUCUCCCCUGGGAACCCAGCAUGGCUAACGGCAGCCUUGGUCCCGCCCCGUUCUGCCCCACGAAAGCUGUCACGGUGGACGAGCGGUGCUACCGGUUCUCCGACUGCGCCACCUGUACAGCCAACACCAACGGAUGCCAAUGGUGUGAUGACAAGAAGUGCCUCUCCGCCUCCAGCAACUGCACCUCAAACGUGAGGAACUUCACCGAGUGUCCGGUGCGGAACGAGCACGUGUGCAGCAAGCUCGCUAAUUGCAAGAGCUGCUCGCUGAAUGUCAACUGUCAGUGGGAUCAGAAUCAGUCCGUGUGUCACGCUUCGCCGGCCCAGCAGUGCAGUGAGGGAUGGAGCCAGGUGGGGGAAGCCUGCCUGAGGAUCAACUCCAGCCACAAGAGCUACGACAACGCCCAACACUACUGCAAAAACCUCAACGGGAACAUCGCUUCACUCACCACCUCCAAACAAGUGGACUUUGUGCUCGAGGAAUUGGAGAAGCUCCAGCAACGAGACAAGCGGCUGUCCCCCUGGGUGGGCCUGAGGAAAAUCAACGUGUCGUACUGGGGUUGGGAGGACAUGUCUCCCUUCACCAACAGCAGCCUGCGCUGGCUGCCCGGCGAGCCCAGCGACUCCGGUUUCUGCGCGUACCUGGAGGAGCCGCAGGUGUCCGGCCUCAGGGCCAAUCCGUGCACGGCCGCGGCCCGCGGCCUCAUCUGUGAGAAGGCCACCGGAAACCCCAAUCAGAGUACCCGGCCUGCCUGUAAGAAGCCCUGCUCGCUGCACACCAACUGUGCCAACUGCACCAGCCAGUCCAUGGAGUGCAUGUGGUGCGGCAGCACGCAGCGCUGCGUCGACUCGACCACCUACGUCAUCUCGUUCCCCUACGGCCAGUGUCUGGAGUGGCAGACUUUGGACUGUGUGGCCCAGAACUGUUCGGGCCUGCGGACGUGUUCCCAGUGCCUGGAGCAGCCCGAGUGUGGCUGGUGCGGCGACCCCAGCAGCACGGGGAAGGGACUGUGCACCGAGGGGUCCUACCGAGGGCCGAUGAAGAGACCGCUGAAGCAGGGCCAGCAGAUCUCGUCCGGGGACAUGAUCCUGGAGCCGGGCGUCUGCCCCAAAGACAAGGGCUACGAGUGGGCCUUCAUUCACUGCCCCGCGUGCCAGUGUAACGGCCACAGCACGUGUGUAAACGGCAGUGUGUGCGAACAGUGCCGCAACCUCACCACUGGUCCUCACUGCCAGACCUGCAUGCCCGGUUACCAUGGAGACCCCACCAAUGGCGGCAAAUGCCAAGCCUGCAAGUGCAACGGUCAUGCCAAUGUGUGCCAGGUGUUAUCUGGCAAGUGCUUCUGCACCACCAAGGGGAUCAAAGGGGACCAGUGCCAGCUAUGUGACUCAGAAAACCGUUACCUUGGCAAUCCACUCAGAGGGACCUGUUACUACAAUCUCCUGAUCGACUACCAAUUCACCUUCAGCCUCAUCCAAGAAGAUGAUAAUCACUACACUGCCAUCAACUUCAUGGCCUCACCUGAGCAGGCCAACAAGAACUUGGACAUGUCCAUUAAUGCCUCCGAGAACUUCAACCUCAACAUCACCUGGUCGGUGGGAUCAACAGCUGGAACCAUUUCCGGGGAGGAGGUGCCCAUCGUGUCCAAAAGCAACAUCAAGGAGUACAGGGACAGCUUCUCCUGUGAGAAGUUCACCUUCAGGAGCAACCCAAACAUCACCUUUUACGUCUACGUCAGUAACUUCUCAUGGCCCAUCAAGAUCCAGAUCGCCUUCUCCCAACACAACAGCAUCAUGGACCUCGUCCAGUUCUUCGUGACGUUUUUCAGUUGUUUUCUAUCGCUACUGCUGGUGGCUGCAGUGGUGUGGAAGAUCAAACAGACCUGCUGGGCGUCGAGACGCAGAGAACAACUGAUGAGAGAGCGUCAGCAGAUGGCCAGUCGUCCCUUCGCCUCCGUUGCCGUCGCACUGGAUUCCAGAGGAGAGGAAACCGAACUGCUGCAGCCUGUGCUCGACGGUGCACCCAAGCCGGUUGCGAUGGAGCCGUGUUCGGGGGGUAAAGCUGCUGUGUUGACGGUCCUCAUGCGUCUUCCCUCCGGGCUCUCAGACCUACCGCCGCCAGGACAGUCAGGCAUCAUCGUCGCCAGUGCGCUCAUAGACAUUUCGCAGCAGAAACCAUCCGAUUUUAAGGAGAAGUCGCAGGGCUUUAAGAGCCGGAAAGCCCUCCCUCCGGCACACCAAGGCACCUGCGUCUGAACCUCGGCCCGUCCAUUCGGGUCCCUCUCUCUCUUUUCCUAAUGCCAAUCCAAGGCCAUAUUGUUCCAAUGUGCAGCAGCCGCCCCCCCCCCGUUCCCCCCGGUUGGAGGCCUUUUCCAGAGACGCGGCUCCACGUGGAGGACUCUCUUUUGGCUGCAUACGCUCGAGUGUCGCCGAGUCCACGGGAGCCACACCCCUUCCUGCCGUCCCCACGCCCCUUUUUCCCUGCUCUCGCCAAUAUAGAUCGACUGGAACAAGUCCCCCCCCCCCCCCCGGAAGCACUUUCCUUUAGCGUGGGGGAACCGGUCCGCGCUUGGAGGGAGCCUGCCUGAUAAGUGACAUCAGAGACGGAUUCACCUAUCGAAGCUCCAGCAGUGAACAUUUUGCUUGGCGUGAGGGAGAAACAAAGAUGUUUGUACAUUAGAUUAUAUUAAAGUUUUUCAGAGUUCCCUCGCGUCGGGUUGGAAAUGAUGGUGUAUUUAAAAAAAAAAAAAAAAAGUAGUGGCUGGUCGAUACCCAGAACACUAGGAUUUCUUUCUUCUUUUGGCUUGCAGACCAGUGGUGUUGUACGGUGCUGAAGCAUUUAGUUCCCAUGCAAAGCCUUUGCUCUACGUACUGAAAUGGUUCUGCCUUUUAGCGCGAGGGGUGUGGGGGGGUGCGGGGCGGGGGGGCUCUUCUGUAACGCCCCAUGACCACGUGAUCAAGUCAACUGACCACUCAAGUAUUUUGCCAAUUCCCCUAUGAUGCUCUGUGUUAGCAUUCACUGCACAUAUGUAUCAUCCACUCGGCUCAAGCUAAAGUCUGUAUUAUUAUUAUUAUUUGUUUUUGUGGAGUACAUAAAAACAAACUGCUGCAGAGACACAGCAAUCAGUACCAGCGGCAUGUCGGGGAAGAAUGCAAACUGGAGGAGGCACGAACAAACCCGCGGUCGUCCAAAUGAAACGUGGAAAACCCCGAAACAAAGAAGGAAACCAAGACGUUUUUUUCAUUAGCAAACUGCUCGCUGAAGCUUCUCAGUUCUGGUGGAUUCUUUGCUGUAGUUGGUACUUGUGUCUUUUUGCUGUGCAACUUGGACAUUGGGAUCGGGGGGGACAUUUUGAUAAAAAUAAGCUCCUCCGCCUGUUAACUUGUUUUGUUUUUUCCUUUCUUUGACACUAUGACUUGCUUGUUUCCAUCUUCGAGUACAGCGAGUUGCGUUACCUUUUUGUGACGAUGCCUUUGCUUUCUUUGCGGAAUUUUGAAAAGCUGUCGACCAUUUUUUAGCCCCAACCUCAACUCUGAGCUGUACGGUGUCUUGUCGGAACAGAUGUGAGUGUCGCUCUUAUCUCGUGAGAUUGUGCGUGUUCUUCAGGUUUUUCUGACUGAUUGGCGACAGAGUACCAUUUAUUUUAGGCCUUGUCACCUGUUACUAUUGUAUCUAUGAUAAAACUGUAAGUUCUUUGCUACACUUGUGAAAGGAGCAUUUUUUUGUUUCAUAUUUUGUUUUGAUAUUUAACAGAUUCCUGUGUAAUUGCAUUUAACUUGAUUCUAUUAUUGAUUUUAAUCGGUUUUAAUGUCUGUUCAUUUUGAGUUGUGCAUCCUUAAGGACUAUAUGGGCAUUGUCUUGCUUUCUGUGGUCGUUAUGAUGCGGUUCAUAUGGAUAUAUGCCGGCUAACGUGCUUUUAUUUAGUGUUUUGUAGAGUAAUCCUUUAUCGAUGUCAUUACACAGGAAUCAAGGUUUCACUGUACUAUGGGGGGGGGGAAAGAUGAUAUACUACACUACAUAUCAGUAAUCUUCAGUGUAUUUUAAAGGUGGACGACAUGCCAGAAAAUAAAAAAAAUCUAAAAGACCUGAAA